GCGGUGCCGUGUUUCUACAUCCGGAGUGUCGGAGCUUCCAGCGGAGGCAGACGAAGAAUGGAGAGGAUCCGCCGAGCAGCCUGUUAGCGGAGCAUCAGUAACAACCAGCGGCACGGAAAAGAACAAAAAAACUCACAUUCAGCCCCGGGAGACCGUUUAAACCUGCCGUGAUCAGCUCACAAUCCCGGUCCGGACCGUGUGGACCCACCAGAGCCGAGGUCUUCCACCGUCUCCUUCCUGGACAGAUGUUGAGGUUUAGCAGCUGUUAGAGGUGACAGGGUGAGGAUAACUGCCCCAGGUUUUGUCCCAUGAGCGUGGCUGCCCCAUCCAGACGGUGCCAGUGAGCAGGGCUGUGGCUGUGGUGGGCCCGGCCCAGGAGGCCUCUUCCUACAUCACUCCAGGCUGACCUGAGCUGCUCACACCAUGGAUCAGCAAAGAGACAAAUAUGGCGAACGGCCGGCGAGGAGCACCAAAGUUUCCCAGGGAAGCCGAAGCGGACACUCGUCCCGGCCGUCCGGAUCCUCCAGCUCCUCCGGGGUUCUCAUGGUGGGGCCCAAUUUCCGUGUGGGCAAGAAGAUCGGCUGUGGAAACUUUGGUGAACUGAAGCUUGGUAAAAAUCUCUACACCAACGAGUAUGUAGCCAUAAAACUGGAACCGGUGAAGUCAAGGGCCCCACAGCUGCAUCUAGAGUACCGGUUCUACAAAACUUUGGGCACCACAGCUGAAGGCGUGCCCCAGGUGUUUUACUUCGGGCCCUGUGGGAAAUACAACGCCAUGGUCCUGGAGCUGCUGGGCCCGAGUCUAGAAGACCUCUUUGACCUUUGUGACCGGACCUUUUCACUGAAGACCGUCUUAAUGAUUGCCAUCCAGCUGAUUUCACGAAUGGAGUACGUGCACUCUAAAAAUCUCAUCUAUAGGGAUGUAAAACCUGAAAACUUUCUCAUCGGACGGCAAGGGAACAAAAAGGAACACAUCAUCCACAUCAUCGACUUUGGCCUGGCCAAAGAGUACAUCGACCCCGAGACCAAAAAACACAUUCCUUACCGGGAGCACAAGAGCCUGACCGGUACCGCCCGCUAUAUGUCCAUCAACACACACCUAGGCAAAGAGCAAAGCCGGCGAGAUGACCUGGAGGCUUUAGGCCACAUGUUCAUGUAUUUUCUACGGGGGAGUUUGCCUUGGCAAGGACUGAAGGCGGACACGCUGAAAGAAAGAUACCAGAAGAUUGGAGACACAAAACGAAACACUCCCAUCGAGGUCCUUUGUGAGAACUUCCCAGAGGAGAUGGCCACUUACCUGCGGUAUGUGAGGCGGCUGGACUUCUUUGAAAAGCCAGACUAUGAAUAUCUGAGGACUCUGUUCACUGAGCUGUUCGAGAGGAAAGGAUACACCUUCGACUACACCUACGACUGGGUCGGCAGGCAGAUUCCCACACCAGUGGGGUCUGUCCACAUAGACUCUGGGGCAUCUGCAGUCACGAGAGAGAGUCAUCCUCACAGAGACCGACCCUCGCAGCACGCUCCCAUCAGGAACCAGACCGCAGCCUCAGACCGACGAGGAGCAUGGGAGGUGCAGCCCACACGCCAAGCAAACUCCUCCUACCUGACCUCCCACCUGGCAGCGGACAGGCACGGGGGCUCAGUGCAGGUGGUCAGUUCAACCAACGGGGAGCUGAACGCAGACGAUCCUCUGGCAGCUCAUUCCAACGCUCCCAUCACAGCUCAGGCAGAGGUGGAGGUGGUCGACGAGGCCAACUGCGUGAAAAUGCUCAACCUGUGGUGCUGCUGCUUCUUCAAGAGAAAACGGAAGAAGAACACGCCGAGGCACAAAUGAUCGUCAGCCUGAACCCUUCCAGUGUCGGAUCAGAACCAAUGAGGUCCCAUUCAGAGUAAACAGGGCAACGGAAAGAUCUGGAUUGAACUGUUCUCUGUUGGAACCAGUUAUAAAUGGUUUGUCGAGAUGUACAAGACGCUUGUGUCUUUUGAUGGGAGUCCUUCUUUAGUUGUUUUCCUCUGCUGAGAUGUGGGAUGUUCUGCAGGGGAAACUUUUCCAUGGAAUUCUGCAGAAGAUGAUAGUUUUGUUUUUUAUUUUUCUCCCCGGGACGCCCGGCAUUUGCAUUUUUAUCUCCUCAUUUCUGGCCUGUUUUUGCUCCUGUUUCUCCUCUGUGGUAUCUCUAAUGGAGAGACGGAUCUUCUUUGGUUUCCUGCAUUACUCACCAAGUCGUUGUUUUCCACCUCCCCUCCGUCAGAGUCCAGGUCAGUGCCGUCGCCCUCGUUACUUUACUCUCAUUGUGUUGGUGUUUUCCUGACGUGGGACUGAAUGUAAACCUGAGGAGUGAAGCUGCCGACAUUCAGGCACAAACAGCAUCAGUCUGCACUUUUUCCCUCCAGAGAGGCAAACCCUGGCCUGGGCUGAGAUGCCUCCUGCACUGUUUCUGCUGCUUGGUUAAAGCUCUCCUUAACCUCGCUGCUGCUCCAAACACUACAGUUUUCUGCAGUUUUUUCUCCUGUUGGCGGCAGCCUGACGCUGGCUGACGGGGCUGAGACACAAACUAAUUGCUAUUUAUGCUAUUUAUCUCUUGGUUCGCCACCAGUUUUCCUACUAAUUCUAAAAAAAAAAAAAAAACAAACAAAAAAAAAAACAUACACACUGAAUGUAUGGACGGAAAAGUAAAUGAUUUUGGAGCAUUUGUAUAAUCUAUCAUGUGCAUGGGAAGGAAAUUGCAGUUAGGGAGUUCAGACCAAUGUUUAACAAAGGAAAAAAAAGUGAGACCAAAUCCAGCAGGGUUUGUCAGGUUGGGAGAAUCUUACGAUGUUGGGGGGAAAAGUCGCUUUGAGAGAAAACUGGUGAAUGCUUUGGAGAAUCACAGCCUCUAAAAUGCUUCUGUCCAAUGCCUUAACCCCAACAAACCGACUGACCGACCGACCAACAAACCAACGCAUCCCAUCACCAGUCGGACCAGUCAGUCAGCAGCACGGCCAUAGUGGGACUUCCUGUAUCAUAGAGCAGUUAAUGACUUCCCUCGUUGACACACUGAAGAUGUAUUUCCCCAGAAAGCAACGAUGCCAAAUGGAAAAGGUUUGGUGGUGAACGGCGUUGACGUCCGGUCUGUAGACCCCUGAGCUGCAGAGAUGUUUGGACGUCUGCUGAAUUGUCUCCUGGGAUGGAGAACACGUGAACAUGUCCACAGCGUUCGUGUUCUUCUUGCUUUAGAGUCACGGAGGACUGCCUUGAAACUAAAUCCUCGAUGCGUCACCUUGCCUAUCCUCCUGAAGCAGUUUUAUUUUUUUAAUUUUACAUCUUUAAUGCUAAUGUGAAUUUGUUGAAUGCAAUUAUUAUUGUUAUUAUUAUUAUUUUCUCCAUUCCAAAUAGCCAUGGUUUUAUGGGGAAAGAGAGGGUAAACAAAAACAAACAAGCUCGAGAACCGUGACUGCACUACAUUUGUUGACCCCCGGCUUUCCCUGACGAGACCCUGCCUUCUGAAACUUUAAAUGUGCUUUUUACUUUAUAGUAGCUGCCUUCCCUAUAGGGUGCAGGGAACACACUUUAUUCUGAUUUCUGUUUUUGUGCCAUCGCUCCCUCCACUCUUUCUUUCUUCCCUCUGCAGGUCCGCCAGGAAUCAACUCUCAGUGGAGGUUUUUGUUUUGUGGAACUGUUUAGAGAAACGAUGUGUAGAUGAUCAGCUGAUGAAUCCGUCUGUAGACCUGUCUGUUCUGUGUAUUUACACUGUAUAGCUUUUAUUUUUUACUCCCCUCUCUGCCCGACAUGUCAGUAACUCUGGGGUCUAAGUUAUUGUGUUAUUGAAAGUACUUGAAUAUGAAAAUCUACGGGACCUUUUGUGUAGGUUUGACUUUUUAUUUCCUAGUAAUUCCACACAGAGGAUGUAGAGGGGAAUGGUGGGACUACAGGCUAUCUGAAUGACCGGUGUUCAUUUCUUUCAGAUGUUGGACGGUUUUAUGUGUUCGCUGGUUGUUUCCACUCAGAAGAUGUUGAGAGGUUAAAAAUCACUUCUUUGUCUCUGUGAAACGCAUUAAUCAUGAUGUAUUUUUGAUCCGGUGUCGGAGAAAUCCUCCGUUUUUUCUCCAAACGUGUGACGUCGGCCACCAGCCGGACGGUUUAGAGAAAAGCUGAAAGUAUUGUGUGUAGUGAGAUGGAUAUCCAGACUAUUUAGCCUUCAAUGUUCCCCUCAACCCCCUGAGUGCCAUUCCUGAGACGACUACUACUACUAGCCCAUGCCUUUUACCUGUACCAAGAAAAAAUAUGAAGCUGAAUGUGUUUUUUUUUUCUUUAACCAUCGCGUGUCCUUGACGUGUCCGCUGUCUUCUUUUUUUUGGUGAAAAAUCGCAAAAAGAGCAUCGGUGAAAGUGUUUUUAAAGAGUCUUUCUAUCACGAUUUGUGACUGAUCACGUUGGCCUCUUUGUCUCGUGGCUGAAACGGUAGAUAGGGAUAUAUUACUCCGAUGUAUUUCCUUUUUAACCCUGCAGAACGAUAUAGAAGCUCUGCACGGUUCAGUAUCUGCAUGGCUUAUCUGGAGACCAACCUUCUCCGGCUUCCAGUCCUCAUGUAACAUAAAUCGCUGUGUCUUUUCCAGCAUCCGUUUAUUUUGUCACACAAUUCAGUCGGUCUUGUGUUUCCGUGUAGCUCGUUCCUGUGAAUCAGAGGACGGUUAAAGUGUGAACGGACGGCUUUAGGUCUCUUUGGGUUCUCUGGCACUUUCUCUUUGUUGCUGUACUGUAGAGUUGUGUUGGAUUUUCUGUAUAUUUUCUUUGAGGGAGAGGUGUAGGGUGACAUUUACUGCAAUAUUGUGAUGAUUAUUUGAACUGUAAAUUGUACAGAGUUCACAGUUGUCGUCUGUUUUCUGUUGGGAUCCAUAUAAAAGACGUAUUCUUUGAUUUCUGUUUUUUUCUCUCAGACUGUGGAAAAUCUCAUUGUACAGCUCCAAGAGUUUAUCCUCCCCUCAGCAUUGUUUUUUUUUUUUAGAGCUCUGAUUAAGAGAAAUCUUAAAACUGUAAAUAAAUAUUAUUGUGUUGAAAUAUGAAUGUCACUUCAAAAAUGUAUUGAAUGAGUCAAGGGCUUCAAGAAUGAAGGACCCACAUUUCUUCUUUUUAUGGUUUCAUAUUUUUAAUUUGCAGAACGGUAAAGGUCCUUUUUAUCUGAGAUGCCUAUGUUUGUUUUUCUCCUCCUUGGAUUCAUAUAAUACGACGUGUCACACAUGAACCUUAUAAAAAUCACUUUUUAUUCCCUCCACACCUAAAGGGAAACUCCACUUUGCACCCUUUUUUAAUGUAAAAUAAAAGAUCUCUCCACCUUA